AUGGUAGAGACGCCAUCUGGUACGAAACGAAUGGAUCAACUAAAAAUCGGAGAUCUUGUGCUUACUGCUGAAGUGAACUCGACUGUAUUCACGCCCGUCGUCUCCUUCCUUCAUCGCCUUCCUGAUACCGUUGCGUCGUUCAUUAAGCUUCAAACCGAUGACGGUGAGCUUAAGCUCACACCACAGCACUUCAUCUACAAGGUCGGUUUUCAAACACGUUCAAUGAACCGUCUACUAAUUCUGCUAUUUUUUCAGUCUCAAUUCUUUUUUUCAUCUUUCCCAGUUACUGGCAUUAACUGGAUGUUGUGGGCAUCCUUAUAA